AUGUAUACACCUGCCAGAGGCUCUAAGUGCCUAAGAAGUGUAAACCAAUUCCAUCCUGAUGCUGACGGGACCCGAGUGAAUUCGGGUCCUUCAGCCCCUCAGUGCCCUCCCGGAGCCCUUUACCUGAACGGGAGCCUGAGAGAACGGACGACAGGAGCCGAGCGGAAAGCAGUGUCCGCGCCGGAGGUCAGCCCCGAGGGCGGGAGCAGGCGUCUAGGGACCACUGAGCCGCGACGCGGCGAGCCGCGCACGGGCCAUUCCGCCGCCGCGAACGCAGAAAGACUCGACCGCGCUCCGAGUCCAGCCAGCUCGCCUGUCACCUCGAUCUCUGCUUUAAGUGGCUUCCGGUCGCCUCCUCCCGACGGCCCGUCGCGGAGGCGGAGCCUGGGCGGCCGGAGCUCGGUGGGGUGGGGUGAGGAGGCCGGGCGCUCAGUGGGUGCCGGGAAGAAGACCCGCCCCCUGCGCGCGCGUGCGCGUUCGUUCGAGGGGAGGCGCGCGGGUUGUGUGCGGUGGACUUGUGCCCCCGCGAGGGGGCGUGUCCUUUCUCGCGCCCGCAGUGUCCCUGAGGGUCCGCGUCUACACGCGGCUGUGAGGAAGGAAGGCGCGUGCCGCGUGGGACGGGCUCCACCUGCCUGCGGACAGAUGGAGGGUCACUUUGUUCCGAGAAGACCCAGGCACCCGAGGGAGGAUGUGAAACGGAACGACCGGUUUCGAAUAAUAACAGGAUGGAGAUGGAGUUUCAUGACAAAAAUGAAGGUGAAGAUGAUGUGGAAAAUACAAAGAUGGAAGCAACAAGCUAAGGAUGCUGGGGCAGAAAGAUGGAACCUGGGUUACUCAUGACAUCUUGAAACUGCUGCAGCCAUCCUAGACUGGCUGCCUCUAGACUUAACAUGUUUAAAAAGUAAAUCCCAAUUUUAUUAAACUGUUAUAUGUUAUGUAUAUAUGAACACAUUCUUAGCUAAUAAACUAUCAUGUCUCCUAA